GUCAUAUCAGAUACCUCAACGAAGUGAUGAGAGAAUAAGCCACAAUCGCGAUUGUAACAGUAAAUCGAUAAUAAGCGGGAUUUAGCGUCACAUUUUCAGACCGAGUUCGAAGCAUCGUCACCCAAAUCCGCAAUGUCAACGAAUAGCAGCCAGGACGACGCAUUUCCAUGGCAUUUAGGCAUCUUCGAUGCGCAUUGUCACCCAACAGACACUAUGUCAAGUAUUGAGACAAUACAGCAGAUGAAGGCGCGUGUGCUCACUGUCAUGGCAACAAGGGCAGAAGAUCAAGACCUUGUCACAUCCACGGCAGAUAAGCACGGCGUCAAGUCAUCGGAUCCGGAAAAAUGGUCAAGAGAAGAAUGCAUAGUACCGUGCUUUGGAUGGCAUCCGUGGUUUGCGCACCAGAUGUAUACUGAUGACAAUGAAGAUGGUGGAGUCAAUGGCGAUAGACUCGUAGGCGAUGCAAAACUCUUACAUUACCAGCGAGUUCUCCAGCCCUCUCGACCAGAUCCCUUGAGCGACGAAGACCGCCAGACUUUCAUUUCCUUACCAGAUCCAACGUCUUUCGCCACAUUCCUUCAGCAGACGCGCAGACUGCUCCAGCAAUACCCGUACGCUCUGAUCGGCGAAACCGGCCUCGACCGCUCCUUUCGUAUCCCAGAAGCCUGGAACGCACACCUCGAUCUCUGGUCUAGAAGGGAUAGCAGCCUCACUCUUGGUGGCCGCGAAGGCCGACGCUUGACCCCGUUCCGAUGCGGUCCACAGCAUCAGAAGAAGAUCUUCAAGAUGCAACUACAGCUCGCCGCGGAAAUGGGACGCGCAGUGAGUGUACAUGGCGUGCAGGCUCACGGACUAGUGCUUGAGACGCUCUCAGAGUUGUGGAAGGGACACGAGAAAGAGGUACUGAGUAAGCGGGAGCGCAAGAAGAGAGGGCAGGAUCAUGCGUCGGUGGAAGCAGAAAUGGAUUCAGGUGGGAGUAAAGAAAAUGAGAAACCGAAGCCCUAUCCGCCGAGGAUCUGUCUGCACUCGUACUCUGGUAACGCUUCGAACUUUAAGCAGUACCUUAACCCUACUAUACCGGUGCGCGUCUUUGCGUCGUUCAGCACGGCGAUCAAUCUGUCUGAUGCGAUGGAUGAGGAGACGCCGGCUUCGUUUGAAGAGAUGAUCAAGACGGUGCCUGAUCAUAUGCUGCUCGUCGAGAGCGAUCUGCAUACAGCUGGAGACGAGAUGGACCGGAGGCUCGAAGAUAUAGUACGAAGAAUAUGCCGGAUCAAGGAGUGGGGUCUUGAAGAGGGAGUCUUAAAGCUGGGACAAAAUUGGAGAGCCUUUGCGUUUGGUGAGGGGUAAGUAUUAGGUUAGAAUUUGUAGGCAAUAAUAUGCCGAAAGCCUUAUGGCAUUGUUGUGGCUAUGUGGUACAAAUUGUUCGCCUUCGCUUUUGGUGUGAGGUGAGUAACAUGACAGAGUGUGACUUAGAUGUCCUAGCAGCUAUUCGCGUAUACAAACUCACAGG